AUGGAAUUGGGGGGCGCACCCCGUUCUCCCUCUCCCUCUGCACCGUCAAUCCAUUCCAAACUCAAGUUCGAUUGUGACCUCGAUGUAGACAAAGCCAGCUUAACUACACCGGAAACCCUUCCUGUCCAUGAUCGACAUUCAACGUAUUAUAUCGACGAACAGAUGUCGAUAUUCCUUGUGGAGAACUGCCUGUUCAGAGUCCAUCGUCAUUUUCUCAGGAAUGAAUCAGUUGUUUUCGACAGUAUGUUCAGUUGUCCUCCACCAGCCUACGGCGAAGAGGGUCAGUCGGAUGAGAAUCCUAUCGUGCUGCCGAGUGUCACUAGAAACGAAUUUGUGGCUCUGAUGGAUUAUUUCUACAAAGGGACAUUCUUCAAAAGCCAACCAGGGCAUUCGACCUCGCUUCAAGAAUACAUUGAUCUACUCUCAAUUUCCACCCGCUAUGAAUGCGCUGGGGCUCGUGACAAAGCUAUCCGAGGAAUCGACAAAUUUCCCCCCAACCCGAUAAGAAAUCUUGUUCUGUCCGAGAAGUAUAGUGUCCCACAGUGGUUCAUGCCUGCUUACAUUGAGCUGUGCAAACGAGAGAAACCUCUAAAGAAGGAUGAGGCUAUCUGUAUUGGCCUUGAAAAGACAUUAUUGAUCGCUGAAGCCCGGGAAAACCUUCGGAGUUCUGCUGAAAGUCGGCAGAUGCUAGUGAGUUCCGGUCAUUGGGAUAAAUGGCCACCGAGUAUGUUCGAUAAUUCAAGGGUGGAGAGAUAUAUCGGAGAUGCUGCGAAUUCAAUCUGUGAUAUUCAAGCUAGGAAAAAGGUUCCAAAGAAAGGCGGGAAAAUAUCGACUUAA